GAUGUGGUGCCACAGGUUGUCCCACCUACAAAGCAGAUUUCACAGUUUGCUGAAAGGAAGAGUCAUAUGUCAAGUUCCUGAGCAGCUCAACUUCAAAAACUUAUUUCCAUUAGCCAUCCAUUGGCACCAUACAGCCUCCAAAUCUCUGAACUGUGCUUGGCAACAACAUGGAGAUCAUUUUGAACUGAACUAUGCUAAUACUGUGAUGCGCUUUGAUUAUGUCUGGCUUCGAGAUCACUGUCGCUCAGCAUCUUGCUACAAUUCUAAGACUCACCAGCGCAGCUUGGACACUGCCAGUGUGGAUCUAUGUAUCAGACCAAAGACCAUUCAUCUAGAUGAGACCAUACUUUCUUUCACCUGGCCAGAUGGUCAUGUGACUAGAUAUGAAUUGGAUUGGCUGGUGAAAAAUAGCUAUGAAGGGCAAAAACAGAAGGUUAUCCACCCUAGAAUAUUAUGGAAUGCUGAAAUCUACCAGCAAGCCCAAGUUCCAUCUGUAGAUUUCCAGAGUUUCUUAGAAACAAAUGAGGGACUGAAGAAGUUUCUACAAAACUUUCUGCUCUAUGGAAUUGCAUUUGUAGAAAAUGUCCCUCCCACUCAAGAGCACACAGAAAAGUUGGCAAAAAGGAUCAGCUUAAUCAGAGAAACCAUCUAUGGGAGGAUGUGGUAUUUCACUUCAGACUUUUCCAGAGGUGACACUGCAUACACCAAGCUAGCUCUGGAUCGGCACACUGAUACUACCUAUUUUCAGGAGCCCUGUGGCAUUCAAGUGUUUCACUGUCUUAAACACGAAGGAACAGGCGGCAAGACACUGUUAGUAGAUGGGUUCUAUGCAGCAGAACAGGUACUUCAAAAGGCACCUGAGGAAUUUGAACUCCUCAGCAAAGUACCAUUGAAGCAUGAAUAUAUUGAAAAUACUGGAGAAUGUCACAACCACAUGAUUGGGGUUGGGCCAGUCUUAAAUAUCUACCCAUGGAAUAAAGAGCUAUAUUUGAUCAGGUAUAACAACUAUGACCGGGCUGUCAUCAAUACUGUACCUUAUGAUGUUGUCCAUCGUUGGUAUAUAGCACACCGGACUCUAACAACUGAGUUGAGAAAACCUGAGAAUGAACUUUGGGUCAAACUAAAGCCUGGAAAGGUACUAUUUAUAGACAACUGGCGAGUCCUACACGGCAGGGAAUCCUUCACUGGCUACCGCCAACUCUGUGGCUGCUAUUUAACAAGAGAUGAUGUAUUAAAUACUGCUCGUCUCUUGGGGCUUCAGGCUUAAAAUUGACAGCACUGGGAUUAUGAAUACAUCUGGCACCUUGUCUACCAUCAUUUCAUAUCAACGGAAUAAUAUUGUGUCAAAACUGACUUCCCAUUGUUUCCAUAACCCAUCCAACAAAGCAGAAGCUGCCCCCUUCUCAAGUAGGGAAAACCUAUUAGAGAAAUGGAGUUUCUGAGUUAUGUAAUGUCAACCAUCUAGUAGGGUAGCUCUUUUCCCAAGUUACCCUUUGUUUUCUAAAUCAUUUGAUGUAAUUUUGGUCACUCUACUUCAGAAGUACAAUCCCCAUAUUGAAAGAAAACCAAUGAUAUUCACUAGGUAAAAAUGAAAUACAUUCUAGAAAUGACAAGAUACUGAUAAAGUAACAGUUUACAAAAUUUUUGGUCUUAGCAUCCACAUAUGACAGACAAUAUGUAGUUACUUGAAUUUCUGCGUGUUAUUAUUUCACUUAACAUAAUGUCCUCCAGUUCCAUCAAUUUUUCAGCAAAUAAUAGGAUAUCACUUUUCUUUUUAUUACUAAAUAUAUCCUAUUAUAAACAUGUGCCACAUUUUCUUUAUCCACUCAUGCAUUCAUGAGCAUGUAGGUUGAUUACCUAUCUUAGUUAUUGUGAAUAAUGUACCAAUAAAUAUGAGUGUAAAGAUACUCUAUGAUAUGCUGAACUCAUUUGCUUUGAGUAUUUAACCAGAAAGGAUAGGUGAAUCAUAUGAUAGAUUUCUUUUUAACUUUUUUUUUGAGGAACCUCCAUACUGCGUUCCAUAGUGACUAUACUAUUUGAGUUCCUUCUAACAGUAUUUAAGACUACCUUUUCAUAUACAGCCUUACCAACACAUUUAAUUUUUGUCUUUUUGAUAAUAGCCAUUCUAACUGAGACAAAACAAUGUCACAUUGUGGUUUUAAUUUGAUUUUCCCUGAUGAAUAUUGAUGUUGAGCCAUUUUUAUAUACUUCUUGACCAUUUAUAUAUCUUCCUUUGAGAAAUGCCAAUCUAGGUCUAUUGCCCCUUUGUGCUUGUUGGUUUAGAACUAUUUUUGGUUUUGUUUCAGAGUUGGGGGCUUUUCGUUUAUUUUAAUUACUUCAUUUGUUUGUUUUCAUGUUUUGAUUGGGUGUUUGGAGAAAGCAGUGUAACUCAAGUUUGACUUCACCUGGCCAGGUAGCCCAACCUGGCCUUGAACAAAUUCACAAUCCUACUGUCUCAGCAUCAGCCUCCCAAUUGCUGGGAUUAAAGGUCUGUUCUACUGUAUGCAGGUAUUAUCCAUUUUUAAUCAUAUUACAUGUUCUGAGUAUAUUGACUUCCUUAUAUAUUAUAUAUUACCACCAUUUGAGUUGGAAAAUAAUUUGUCCAAUACUGUAGAUUGUCCUUCAAUCUGAUGAUUGUUUCUUUUCCUGGGCAGAAACACCUUAAUACACUGAAAACACUGACAAAUCCAAGGACUUCUUGGGUAUGGGUUAUAUCUACUGACACUAAUUAUAUUAGUUAUUAAGAGUGAGAAAUGGUUAAAACUCAGGAACACCAAAGCACCCAUCCCUCAGGUAUCAGAGAGAUGACAUCAUCACAUGUCAUGUAGCCUCUGGAAAAGUCAUGAGAUAAUGGGAGUUAAAAAAGCAAAUAUCA